AUGGUGUUGUCCUGGAGCCAUUACUUUCGUGCAGACAACAGUCUAGAGUAUGAAGAAUGGAAGCCUUUAGUAUUGCCAUUGCUGUGGUUUACAAUGGGGUAUUGUCUCGUCCUAUUGCUACGAUCCAAGAUUUGUCCAUGGCCAAAAAGUCAAUGGACAGUUGUACCAUUUCUGCACACUCGACAUAGACGAGCCCGUCGCCGUCGUGUACCGGUGGACGAUUUUUUGCAUCGUCACGGGAUAAAUGUCAUUUCUAUGCCACAAGUACAGAAUGUUGUUCCUUGUUUGGAGUUACAAUUACGUGACAAUCCAGCAACAUUUGAGUUUGGAAAAUAUAAUGCUACAAUUCCAUAUGCAGUUGAACAGACUGCUGAUGGAUAUUAUCGUACAUUCAAAGAACCACUGCCAGACAUGGCAAGUCGAUUGUUAAUUUCAAUUCAAGUGCUGGAAGAGCGACAUUUGGAUGAAUUUCAUGCUGUUUUCAAGCGUCGAUUAUUGACAUUCAGGAAUGAGGCUCCUUUUUUCAUCAAACGCUUUGUAAGCUCGGAUUAUAUCGAGUACAUUGAAGAUUCAUUGCUGGAUAAACAAAACCGGAUUUUCUACGUGUACGUCAAGAAUGAGUCGUACCAAUCGCUGGGUGUUUUAGAAGACUUUGCCGUGUACAAGGCUCAUUCAGACAAACCUCAGUGGACAAAUCUUCAUCAAGUGUGUCGCGUGCACAUUACAAGCUCUUCUCUGCUUGUUUUCCGAUCAAAGAUUGAGUCGUUCAUCUCGAGCUACUAUUGUAAGCACGCCCCAAACGCCAGAAGGUAUCAUCUCCAACGUCUUCAAGAGGAAUUUGGCGAUCCUGUCGAGUUGAAGUAG